UUUUCAUAAUUCUUUAAAUAUGCGUGGAUUAUUUCCGACCUUGAAACCGAAAGUAAACUUAAAUUGCGUAUAUUAACAUUAUCAUUGAUUUAAAGUUAAAUGGAAUAAAAAGAAAGAAUGGGUACCAAGGACAUGGAUAUCCUGUAUGAAACCCCGUGGGAUAAAACGAUUAAUUUUCACAACAGUUUUGAGACAAGAGCUGAACUAAAAGAUGCCGUAGAGAAUUAUGAACCUCUCGGGGACUUACUUACAGAUGAGUUCCAGUUUCCAGUCGUGAACAUUCUGCUAUUCGGAGCUGUUGGCGCCGGAAAAUCCUGUGUUUUCAACACAAUUAAUUCUAUUUUCCGUGGGAAGAUUUUCAAUGUAGCAAUAAGUGGCAACGCAGAACACCGUCUUACGACAAAGUUCACAAAAUACCCGGUGAUGUCUUCAAGUAGGACCAUACCAACACCGCUAAAAUUCAGAAUUUGUGAUAUGCGUGGACUUGAAAUCGAUAAUCUGAUGUCGAAAGAAAAUAUGCGCCUCCUUCUUGAAGGUCACGUGAUGAACAAAUUUCCAUUUGAUCCAAGUGGAACUUUGUCAGCAGACAUGCCGGGGUUCAAUAGACAUCCAGAACUUCACGAGAAGAUCCAUUGUGUUGCUAUUGUUCAAGAUGCAGCCAUUGUCGAUGCCGUGUCAGACUUGUGCCCUGAGAUUACCAAAAAUAUACAAGACAUGCAAGUUGUUAUGAACAGCUUAGAUAUUCCACAGGUAGUACUCCUAACACAAAUUGACUGCAUAUGCAAGAAAACCUUUAACAAUAUUGCUAAUGUAUUUCAUAGUGCGACAAUUGAACGCUGUGUUGCUAAGGCAUCUGAGGUUUUCGGCCUGCCAAGGAAUUGUAUAUUUCCCUUUAAGAACUAUGAACACGAGUGCCAGCUAGAGCCAGAUAUAGACGUCCUGACCCUUUUUACAUUAAAAAAUAUCCUCGACAACUGUGACGCCCAUCUCUUCAACCAUUAUAAGGAAAUACAAGAAAACUACGGUGUACAAAACAGGAGAAAACCGUGAAUCUUCCAAACGUUAUCCACACAUGGAGAAACGAUCAAUUGUUUUCAUUAUUGACAAUACAUGUUGAGAAUGUUAAACGUAAUACUCAUUAAAAUCAAGAGAUUGUUGCAGUGGUGAUUUUCAGCACUAUUUAUCGGUCAAACAUGCUACACAAUAAAAAUAAAUAAUAUUGGCAUUAUGAAUUUUGGGCAUUGUCAGUGUGAUCAAACAAUUUUUAUUCCUGAUAUUCUUUCAUAUCAGACAGGAUUUUUUUUUAAUUUUUACAGCGGUACUAGGAAACCAUGUCUUACAGUCCCGUGUAAAAACCUGGAAACACAGUGAAAAAACGCUUGCUUUAAUUGACGUCAUUCUCACGCGCCGUAAAUAUGAAUGAAUUUGGUUCUUAGAAUGACGUCAUUUUUCUUUAUGAAUAAAGUUGUAAAUUCAUAGGCUAUUAUAAAAAAGUGCUAUAAGAGAAUGUAAUUUUUCGUAAUUUUUUCCUGAAAUAUUAUAAUUAUUAAUGCAACAAUCAAACACCGGCAAUCGUCACAGACCGGAAUAUCUAAUGUUUAGCAGUAACUCGGCAGAGCCUCGUUUACCGCCGUUAACAGUUAGCCGCGAGCUAGAUAUUCCGACCGGUGUAAGAUCUUUAUAUUAUCUUAUCAUGGUAAAUUUACUGUUAAAACUUUUAAAACUUAUAGAUCUACCAUCGUCGGAUACCCACGAUUGAUAAACAUGUCACAUAACAUGCAGAUAAAUGUUAAUGGUUCGGCCGUGGGUAUCCGACGAUGUAGAUCUACAUGCAUAUCACUUUAUAGGGUAAAUCAGGGUUUUUAGAUACAUAAUUUUAUUUUAUUUGGAAAAUGAUACAUUUCAUACUGCAGCAGUACAUUGUGCAAGAAUGAUAUUUCAGUCUACAUUGUUGGCGACGCCGGUGAGCGGCGUCGUCUCUUAUGGAAUGCUUUUAUUUUGGCCUAUGGAAGGAGCUGUUAUUAUUAGCAGUUAAUGUCAUGUUGUGUUAAUUAGUUUUAUUUUGAUUCGUAAAAAUCAAGUAAAUAAAUAUGUUGUUAUAUAUGUAUUUAAUAACUUUAUGUAAAAAGCAUGUGCAUUGUGAUAUUAUUUUCAUGAUAUUGCAGGCUCAGUUUAUCAGCUUGUAUUUGUUUGUGUAAUUUAUUUCAUUUUAAAUUAGCCUGCACAAUGUUUCGAUGUAGCAUUUUGUCUGCAUUUAGGAAAAAUCUGUUUAUGAUAACACCGUAUAUAUAUACGUACAUAUGUCAUGUAUAUUUUUAAAAAUGUGGUCGGUAUAUUUGCAUAUGAGACAUAUAGAUCUACUCGUUUUUAUUAUUCAAAUGAAAUGACCUCGUUGCUAAAUGCUCUUCCAUUUGUUGUGCUUCAAACUUUUAUAGUAACGGCAUCUAUUAUCUGAAUUUCACUCUUUUAUGGAAAAAAAAGGAUUUUUUUGUGCAUGUCUUCCACUCAACAAUAUUUCUUUAUGAAUUCUUUUAGGACAAAAUGGCUUUAUUUGAACAAUUGAACUAUCUUAAACAAUUCAUUUUAACUGAUACAUCUAUUGGUAAAGUUGAAAAAAUGUCACAUACUGUGACAAAGAUUCUUUCAUUUGGUUGUAAAAAAUAGGACCUCACGUAAUAUGUAAAUAUUUUUAUGCAUACCAAUGAUAUUAUCACGGAGUGUAUAAACUUUUCUUGGGUUAUUGUGUUGGUGUUUAUUUCUGUAAAAUGAGUUAUUUAUUAAUGUACACUGUAUAUGAUAUUUUGUGAAUUAAAUGUGUAAUUG